UUGAGCAGGAAGAAAUGAACGAAUCAACCUCCAACUGUACAUUGGUGGACAGCAAUCUGAAACAGAAGGUCUUCCCUAUCCUCUACUGCAUUGCCUUCAUCGUAAGCAUCACACUCAACAGUCUGGCAGCCUGGAUCUUCUUCAACAUCAAAACCAAACGCAGCUUCACUCUGUUUCUCAAGAACCUGGUUCUUGCCGACUUGCUAAUGACUCUGACCUUCCCCUUCAAGAUCCUGAGCGACUCGGAGCUGUCGCCGUGGCAGCUGACAUUCUUUGUGUGCCGCUACUCCAGCGUUGUCUUCUACAUGAGCAUGUACACCAGCAUCAUCUUCCUGAGCCUCAUCAGUCUGGACCGAUACCUGAAGAUUGUUAAGCCCUUUGACAACUCCAAACUGCACCGCGUAUCCUACGCCAGGAAAUUCGCAGCCGGCGUGUGGCUGAUCAUGGUGGCCCUGGUGAUGCCGAACAUCAUCCUGACCAACCAGGAGGCCACUGAAAAGAACGCAGUCAACUGCACCUCCCUCAAAAGCAACCUUGGCCAGAUGUGGCACGUGGCAGUGAGCUACAUCUCCAUCACCAUCUCCAUCGCCAGUUUAUUGAUUCUGAUCUUCUGCUACGUCUCCAUAUCAAAGGAGAUCUACAACUCCAACAAAAGAUUCAAGUGUUCCACCGAGAACACAAGAAAGCCACAGCAGAACAUACUGAGCGUUGUGGCCGUGUUCUUCAUUUGCUUCGUGCCUUACCACCUCUGCAGGAUACCGUUCACGGCAAGUCAGAUCAACCUGAUCUCCAGUUGCACCAUCAAAAACAUCCUGUGGCAGGGAAAAGAGGCCACGCUCUUCCUGUCUGCCUGCAAUGGAUGCCUGGACCCCAUCAUUUAUUUCUAUAUGUGCAACUCAUUCAACCAGUUGCUGCUCAAAAAGCUUAACAUUAAAACCAAGGUAGCCUCCGUGCAAUUCCCCAACCAAUCCAAGAGGUCGCAGGUGCGACAGUUCUAUUAGAGCACGACUUGAGAAGCCACCUCAGUGAGCAAUACGAUCCUGGGACACUCAGCUUUGGGGCGAUCGAAAUGAGCAGCAGGUGCUUUACGGAAGACUUUGGGAUUUCCGUUCCCGGUGAUGUGCUCUAUGUGAAAAUGACAUAAACCCAUUCGGAUUGCUGAGCCCUGCCCGUCCUAAUGGGAGGUGACUGAGUCUGUCUGAGUGGAGAAUUCUAAGCUGAUCGCCGAAUCAUUGUCAAACCUAACGCACAAGGACCCAGUCACACCACCACAAACCCAUUUGGAAUCGGCUGUUUGAUUGCUGCAACCGCAAAAUAACCAGAUGAGCCUUUGCUAAAAGUUGUGUGUGGACAGAGACACGAGUAGCCCCAACACUUGUUAUGCCUGGUGUGACUGAGGGAU